UCGCGUGAUUAUUUUUCAUUUAUGGCCUUAGUUUAUUUUUAAAGCUCAAAUAGUGAACUAGUAUUAGCGAACAAGUAAACGAGUUUAACUUGAAUUAUUGGAAUAUUUUUUCUUUUAAAUUUAUUUUUCGUAUUGUCAUUCCUUGAUCUUUAUCGACCUCAAAUUCGCAUUUGUCAAUGUGACAUUGAUUGACAUAAAGCUUAAAUUUAUUUCUUUUGAUUGCAUUCUGCGAUUACCAUUUUACUUUCAAUUUUUUGUAUUUUCCGGAGAAUUUAAUUAAUGGACUUUAAUUAAAAAUGAUUUUCAAUUCAGCUCCAAUUUUUUAUCGAGUGGUAAGCAGCGUUAAGAAGAUGCCUUGCCCAUUUUUAACACGUCUUAGUGCCAACUAUGUUCGCAACUAUGCGCCGAUUCUUCUAAAGACCUACGGAAAUCAAUGUCCGGUUGUUACUCGUGCAAUCUCUCAAAUUGGAGGUGUAGGUGGUGGAUCAUCAAGUGGCUCCUCAACGCCUCAAACACCCCCGGAAUCUCCGAUUAAAAAACUGGAAGUGAAGAGAAACAUCAGUUCACUUCAACAACCUAAGGAAAUAAACACCGGUGACAAGAAAUGUCCAUUCUUGUCGAGUACUGGUGCUCAAGUUAAGGAAGUCAAUGAAGCGAUACAAGACAUUCCACCGAAUCGUUCUUCGGAAGUUCCAUUCGCUUAUGAAGACUUUUUUCACGAGCAAAUCAUGAAAAAGAAGAAGGAUCAUUCGUAUCGCGUCUUCAAAAAAGUUAAUCGUCUUGCUGGUGUCGGUCAAUUUCCGACAGCUAAAGAAUAUUCAUGGGGUGAACGUCCAAUAACUGUGUGGUGCUCCAACGACUACUUAGGUAUGAGCUCUCAUCCUGAAGUGAAGAAAGCUGUUGGUAAAGCUUUAGAAGAACAUGGAGCUGGUGCUGGUGGUACCAGAAACAUUUCAGGCAAUUCAUUGUUCCAUGAGAACCUCGAGAAGCGUUUGGCACAAUUACAUGAAAAAGAAGGCGCUUUACUCUUCACAUCUUGCUUUGUUGCUAAUGACUCGACACUUUUCACUUUGGCACGCGCAUUACCAUCAUGUCACAUCUUUUCUGAUGCCGGAAAUCAUGCAUCAAUGAUUCAAGGCAUUCGAAAUAGUAACGUUCCGAAGCAUAUCUUUCGUCAUAACGACCCAGCUCAUUUACGUGAAUUGUUGUCGAAAGUACCAAAAUCUGUGCCGAAAAUUGUCGCUUUUGAAACGGUUCAUUCAAUGACAGGAGCUGUUUGUCCAUUGGAAGAACUUUGCGACAUUGCGCAUGAACAUGGUGCUUUGACAUUUGUUGAUGAAGUUCAUGCUGUUGGACUUUAUGGUGAACAUGGUGCUGGUAUUGGUGAACGUGAUCAUCAAAUGCACAACAUGGACAUUAUUUCGGGGACAUUAGGAAAAGCUUUUGGAAAUGUUGGCGGUUAUAUUGCAUCAACUGCAAGAUUGAUUGACAUGGUUCGUUCGUAUGCUGCUGGUUUCAUUUUUACAACUUCUUUGCCGCCAACUGUUCUGGCUGGAGCUUUCAAGGCUGUUGAGAUUCUUGCUUCUGAAGAAGGUCGCGCUUUACGAGCACUUCAUCAAGAAAAUGUUCGCUAUUUACGUAACAAGUUGAAGUCUGAAGGUUUUCCAGUUGAACAUACACCUUCGCAUAUCAUUCCUGUUAAACUUGGAAAUCCUCAACACUGCACGCAAAUAUCUGAUAUGUUGAUUCAAGAAUUCGGACAUUAUGUGCAAGCCAUUAACUAUCCGACAGUUCCAAGAGGUGAAGAGAAGCUCCGUUUGGCACCAACUCCUUAUCAUACAAGUGAAAUGAUAGAUCAACUCGUUUCGGAUAUGAAAAUUGUUUGGAAUAUGCUUGGAUUGCCAUUGAAGGUCAAUGUAUGCCAAGAGGAAUGUGCAUUUUGCAAGAAGCCAUUGUUAUUCGACCACUUUGAAGCUCGCACACGCGGUGUUGGUGCCAAUUGUGGGCCAAAGCUCAACUGCGAAAUUCCAAACUGCCCUCAAAUCAUUGCAGUUAAUUGAAUAGUUGAGAAUUUUCAUAUUUUUCCAAUCAAAUUCAAAGCAGAAAUGUUAGGUUCAUUGAUUGAGAGUCUUAAAUAAUCGAAUUAAAUGGUAUCUUGGGAUCAUGUCUACAAUAAUCAUUAAUCUUUAAUCUUUCAUCACAUUCUGUCUAUGUGUUGGUUUUUCCUUUUCUUUAAUUUUCUUUUAAGUUAUUCAAUUUCAUUACUCAUGAAAUUUGCGCAAUGAAAAAGAAGAUCUUAUAAUAUUCUACAGGAUGAAAAGCUUUCAGUUUGGAAGAAGAUCAUAUUUUGAGUUAAACUCAAGAUGAAUCUUUGGACAAUAAAAAAAGUGAUUCAUUCGUAAUGAAAGUUGAUGUUUAAGCAAUUCAAAAGUCGAUGAAUUUUAUUUUUUGGAAUUUUAUUUGAUUUACAGAUAUUUCUGAUUAUUUGGCAGAUUUUUGUAAAACACAUUUUUCAAUCGUUAAAAAACAGCAAUUUUCUGAGAAAAGGAUCUAAUUGCUUAAGAUGUUAUGGAAUCUGCCAAACUAUCAUAAGAAUGUUCUGCAUUCUGUUGGAAUCGUUGCUAUCAUUGCAGUCUCCAUUAUUCUCUACUGCUGUUCUAGUGAAAAAUUUGUCACCACAUCGAGAAACUUUAAUUUUUUUUCCUUCAAUGAAACUGGGAGAAUUUUAUUGGCUACUCACAUUUAACACUCUCUAUGAUUGACUUUUAUACGAAGAUUACUUUAAAAAUUAAUACAAUAAAAAUUUAAGAUAUAAAAGAAAUGGAAAGCUUUUUGCAAAGUAAUUUUGGAACCAUCGAAAUUUGUAAACUUUCCACAUUUCCUCAUUAUUGAACUCAUCGAUUUAUCAUUUUCGUGAUUGGAAUUAAAUUAAAUUGUGAAAUUUAAGUGAAAUUUAACGAUCACAGAAUAAAAUCUUGAAGAAUUAAAGAAGAUAGAACAAGUAGGUAUAUUGCUAGCCAACAAUACUUUAAACAUAUGUAUUCAUAAUUUUCUUCUCAGGCCUAAUAAAGUUCCG